AAAGUAAAAACCAAACCCGACGUAGCUUUUCGGAGGUUUCUUGUCGAGAUCGACAUUUUGAGUGAUAAUAAUAUUAAUGAUUAAAAAAAAAUUGACGUCAUACGGUCAUUUUCCAAAGGUAAUUUCCUGGUUGGAAAUCUGCUUUUUAUUAAGGAUUGACAGACGUACGAAAAAUGUCCAGGCCAUCAGUUCCACCACCUUCAUACAAUCAGUCAAUGGCUUAUCCAGAUAGUGCCAACACACAAUACCCACCUCAGUCUGAGUAUCCCCUACAAAAAGAUGGAUACCCCCCACAAACAGGUGGCUACCCCCCACAAACAGGUGGCUACCCCCCACAGACAGGAGGAUAUGAUCAGCCAAGUAGUUACGGGUAUGGUGCACCAUUGGAGCCUCAAGAGCAAAUAGAACCAGUUUUUAUUGGUGGUAGCUUUAGUGACAAAGCAAUCAGGCGAGGUUUUAUCAGGAAGGUUUACUUGGUAUUAAUGGCACAGCUAUUGGUGACGUUUGCAUUUGCCAUCUUGUUCUCCACUGUGAAGCCUGUUAAAGUCUGGAUGCGGACUACUGGAGUUUGGUUUUAUUAUGCUGGAUAUGCUGUUUUCAUAGUUACAUACAUAGUUCUUGCCUGUAUCCCCUCUGUACGAAGAAAGUCUCCAGGGAACUUCAUAUGCCUGGGAAUUUUUACCAUUGCACUGUCAUGGAUGGUAGGAACAAUCAGCAGCUUUUACGAGACGAAUUCGGUUCUAGUGGCUGCAGGGAUCACUGCUGCAGUUUGUCUAUCCAUCUCUCUGUUUGCUAUCCAGACAAAGAUUGACUUCACCAUGUGCUCCGGCUUUCUGUUUGCACUAGUGAUGGUGCUCUUCUUUUUUGGUUGGUCAUGCCUUAUCGUAUAUUUCACCAUUGGAUACAGCUACAUUCUUGACUGUGUUUGGGGAGGACUGGCAGCCUUGGUGUUCUCACUGUUUCUGGUGUAUGAUACACAGAUGGUGAUUGGGGGUAAGAAAAUUGAAUUAGAUCCUGAGGAAUACAUCUAUGGCGCUCUCCAGAUCUACAUUGACAUCGUCUACCUCUUUCUCAUCAUUCUCUCGCUGUUUGGAAAGAGCAAUUAGUCAUCAGAUCUUUUAUGAACACCUUUCGAAAAAUAUGAGCUUACAUGUACAUACAUCUAUACAAAAUGCAUCUAUAUGUACAAUUUUUCACAAUGGGCAGGGUUAUUGAUAACAGUACAUGGAGUUUUCAUGACAAUAUGUUUUGAAAAGUAGAAAUUUUCCCCCAAAUACAGGGCUUGAAGCUAACUCUAUGUCACCAGUCCAUCCGGACUGAUGGGGUAGAAUUUCAACCAGUCCACAGAAAAAUUUACUGGUCCAACAGAGUUUUCCAGAAAUAAUUAAACAUAUUUCGUUAAUGUCUGAUAUCUACAGAUCGAUUCAGUAAGCAUGCCAAAUGUUUGUAUAAAAUUUCAUAAGUAUAUUUUCCAAAAUGAUACUUUAGAGAAUUAACCAGUUCCAUUGGACUGACUAAAACAAAUGUCAGUCCGCCAGACUUUUAACCAGUCCCAGACUGACAGGCAUAUGUUAAUUUCGAGCCCUGAAAUAUAUGAUUUUAACCAAUAUGAACACUUGUUAAAAAUUUUAACAAUUUGAACUUGAGGAUAAUUUCAAUGUACAAAAAGGUAUUGAAUAUUUGUACUGGAAAUUAGAACCAUAUAGCAGGUGUAUUUGAUUUUACAGAAAAUUUGCAAUGCACAUGUUUCAUGAUAUGAUACAAACUUUUGACAUAAUGUUAUUAUCAACAAAGUAUUUUUGAGAUAAGUGGUUUUCUGUUGGCAACAUAACAGAAAUCCUAAUUUGUUUCUUAUAUUGUAUAUGUGCCCUUAGAUUGCAAGACAGGUGGUAUGGAACCUCCUUUUGGAAUUUUGCCAUGUUGAAUGAAUCGCUGUAUAUGUUGCUGCCAGAACAUUGUUUUUCUCCCAAUUUUAUACUCACCUUCACAUUUUCCGAACCUUAUGAACUUCUGUUUUUUCUGCAUGGUGAUGUAAAUAUUGUUUAAGCGGUAGAGUACAAAAACAUAUUUUUCCACUCUCUUAAGGUACCUGAACUCAAACAAUAUUUUAAGGAACGAGAUGUUUCAUGUAGUAAGAGAGAUCUGAUUUGAUUAUGUCAACUUGCGAAGGAGCUCAGUAGAGAGAUAAUUCCAGCCAAUGGCUAUCAACAAAAUGCGGGAAAUGUACUUACACAUGGCACAAAUUAAUAUGCACUGUCUUUGAUAUGGAUUUUACACAUGAAAAUACAAAUACACUUUAGGGUAUUGAUUGCUGAUGGGUCGUAAUCUUUUUGACACAGCAAACUCAGCCAAGCUCAGUUACUCUUGGGAUCUCUCUUCUUCGUUAGAAAUUCACAUUUGUCGUAUAGCCAUAUUAUUCAUGGAAAACGUGAAUCAGCAUGGCAUCCCUCUGCAGCACAUGAUUGUUGGAUUUUAGAACUCAUAAUAAUCAGUAUAGUGUAUCUGUAUGACUGUGUUAUCUGCACUGGAAGUAUCAAGAGCUCUAAAAAGUUAGAAAUUACGUGAUUGCAGUGUGAAAAAUUAAGAAUAAUCUGUGUUCUGGAAGUAACUCGAAAAUGUGCUAAUGUUGUAUGGCCGAUGCAAUGUAUCAUUGAUAUUCCUAUGAUUCAUUGACUGUCGGUUUUCAUUAGAACUCGAAAGAUGACUGUCACACAGUUGGUGCUGAUAUCCACAAUACAUGGCUGCAUAUAACCUUUGUGGGGUGUGCCCCAACCAAUAAUGCACAUUUUGGCAAAUUUAACUGGGCAAAAUACCAGCAUCUGCCCCUGCAUUGAGGACUUUUAUGAGGCUAUGAUUGGUUGAAAAUCAUUUAUAAUCAUUCACUUCUACAAUAUUAGUGCUCAUUCAAUGAUAUUUUGUUUUGUCUACAUUAACAAAAUGUGGAUUGAAAGGUAACUUUGUAGGAAAGAUUAGAUUCCUCCACCAGGCAUUCUUAGUCAAUGACCAUCAGAUUCUGAAUUUAAAAAUGUUGCCGAUUCUUUAUUGCAAAGUUGUCUUUUGAUAUGUAUAUUGUUGUACAAUACAAACAUCAUGAAAAUAUCCAGGUCAAGGUUUUAUUUGGUUCUGGUUGAAUAAUUUUUGAUGGAGUUGUGCCCCUUGGAUGUAUAAAAUUUCAAAUUAUUCAUAGUUUUCACUCAUUAUCUCUGUAAAGUAUGGAUAUUUUGACUUUUUAUAUAUAUAUAUACACACACACACACACAACAGUAACUUGAUCCGAAGAGUUGGAUCACGUCGAGGGUACAGGCGCGGAUCAUCAGAUCACAUGAGAUGCUUCAGUUUGAUCUGAUGAUCCACGCCUGUCAAUGUGACAUGAUCCAACUCUUUGGAUCAAUUAAGUUACUGUUGUAAUGAUAAAUUUAUUAUAUACCCCUUUAUUGCAUUUUUAAGUCCACAUUUAUAAGAUAAUAAAUGUAAUCCAAAUUAUCAAAAACACAAGGCACAGUGAAAUUAUACUUUGUGUACGCAGUUUUGUUUGUGACACGUUCAAUAUUUUCCACAAAAAAAAACGUUGCAUUGAUGCAUUGUGGCGUCAUCAGUUUCAGAGGAUACUGAUACAGAAUCAGAAAACCUCAGUGUGGUGAUCCAGAAAAUCGGAUCACAUGCUGUGAAAUCAACAGUAUCAAAAAACGAAACAUUGAUGGGUAUAUAAUAAAUGAUGAGAAUACACAGAUGAAGUUGAUACCCCCCAAAAAAAUUGGUAGAGUUAUUCCCCUUGGACUUACAAAAUUUCAAACAUCAGUUUCUGUUCAUUAUCUCGGUCAUACAUGGACAUUUUGAAUUGAAUAUAUUGUCCUGAAAAUAUAAGGUUAAUUUGUAUUUUGUUCCAGUCAAAUAAGUUUUUGGAGAGUUGAGCCACUAGGACUUUGAAAAUUUUUAAAACAAUUUAUAGUUUCCAUUCAUUAUCUCGGUCAUACAUGGACAUUUUGAAUUGGAAUUUGGGAUAUAUAUCAUAAGAAUACACAGGUCAAAAACUUGUAUUGGUCUGGUUGGAUAAUUUUUGGCAGAGUUAUGGCUCUUGGAUGGGGACUUUCUUGUCACUCUGACACAAUACAAGGUGAAGUUGGUAUUUAGGGGGGGGGGGGGGGGGGGGGGGGGGAUUUACAAAUUUAAAUUUUAUCCCAGGACACAUAACAGAAAUGAAAGUAAGUAGAAACUAUUCUAUUACAUUGGCAGGCAAAACAUCAGUCCUGUUUUUAUGCAGAACUUUCAGGUAUACUCUCUUUAACACUAGAAUAAUUUUGAAAAAUAAGUUAGGUUAUCACUGUUACUUUGUGUAAAGAAAUUUCAUAGUGAUGAGUAUCUCCAUUCAAGCAUUUAGUUGCACAAAAAAAUGAUUUAUUGAUUUUAAAGAUUUACUAAUUGUGAAGUACAGUCAUAUAAAUAUUUGGUGUUUGAUAUUGGUUGUUUGGUUUUUAUUUUCUUAUUUCUUUAAACCUUAGAAAAGUUUCAGUCAGUGUAAAAUGUACUGAUUACUGAAGUACACAUAAUAUGUCAUUGUUCUGCAUUGAUAAUCAAUUGCUGAUUUUAAGUGUUACCAAUAUAGUGUUGUCCAAUACAAAAUGUGUUACAUUUCGUCAUGGUAUCUUUGUUAUUGUUCUUCAUAAAGGAGUAUCGUAAUCUGCUAUAUCGUUUGUAUCUUCAUUCAUUUAUUGGUCCUUGUGAAUAAAUAUAUAAUGUGUAUAUAAAUUGUAAGUUAUUAUAUGAUUGAAUAAUUCUGAGCUCUCUGAUUGGCUGAGAUCCAACAAACUAAAAAAAUUGUUCACCUGUACAUGAUAUCAUACAUAUACUAGCGGAAAAAAGAAACUGUGCAUUAUUUAAUAUAUAAAAAAAAUAAUAAAAAAUAACAAUGAACAAAUUUUGUAAUACUGUUAACAAAUGUAUUUGUUACAACAUUUCAUAAUCCAUUAAUGUUAAUGUCAAAUAGCAUCAAUUUCAGCACACUCGAAAGACACUGGUAUUCGAACUUGAAUUAACAAAGUUAAUAGCGCGUGUGACCACCAUUUGCAUUCAUGCAUGCUUGACAACGGUGCCUCAUUGAUGCAACUAAAGUGUUCAGAAAUGCUUGAGGGAUAUUGUUCCAGAUGUUGGUUAAAGCCUGGCCUAAAUCAGCCAAUGUCACUGGUUGAUUUGGUAAACAGCGUAGACGUCGUUCCAUUUCAUCCCAGACGUGCUCAAUCAGCGAUAAAUCGGGGGAAACAGCUGGCCAAGGCAAGACAUUGAUAUUAUGUUGAACAAAAAAAUCCCUGACUACACGUGCAACAUGUGGCCUUGUGUUGUCUUGCUGCAGAGUGAUGUGAUUUUGCUGUCUCUGUAUGAAGGGUAUCACAUGGCACUGAAUAAUUUCGUCUCGAUAGCGUACGCCGGUGAGAUUUCCAUUGACAAUUUAUAGAGGGGUCCUUCCACGUGCUGUUAUUCCACCCCACACCAUAACGCUACCUCCACCGAAUUGUUGAUGUUGCACAACACAAGCGUCCUGGUACCGCUCCCCAACGCGACGAUGCACUCUACAACGGCCGUCACUGCUAUCCAAAUGAAAUCUGGAUUCAUCAGUGAACAGAAUAUUGGCCCAGUCCUGUAUUCUGAAUCACAUGUUGUCUGCACCACGCUAGUCUAGCGAUACGAUGAUGUUGAAGCAGUAUUGGGCGCACCGCUGGACAUCUUGAUCUGAUGUGCUCGCGCAGAUGAUUACACACAGUUCUUGGACUGAUUGGUCAAAGUCCAGGAAUGCUACGAGCAGUCAAACUUGCUGUCUGGACAAGAUUUCUCAGGUGCACAAGUUUAAUGUGGUUAUCCUGUUGACACGACGUCACACGAGGACGCCCAGAACGUGGGCGAUCCCAAGUGUUACCAGAUUGAUGGAAACGUCUCCAUAAUGACUGGAUGGUGUUCCGAUGAACUACAAAGUGUCUUGCUACAAUAUUUUGUGCUAUUCCAGCUUGAAGCAUCCCAACGGCACGAUUAUGUUGGUUUUCGCUGAGUCGUGGCAAGACAGGAGGGUAAAUUUUAAACUAAAGUGCUUUCCUUAAGGUAGUACUCUACAUCGUCAUAAUGGCUGACUUCCUUUAAAAACAUGGAUGACAAAAUCGAUAUCAGCAAUAUUUGACUUUUCCUUUUCCAUUUAAAUACCUAUCCGAGUAGCUCAGUAGGUUAGAAUACCGACUGCUGAACUGUAGGUCGCAGGUUCGAGUCCAGCAGGCGUUUUAAAUUUUUUUCAGAUUACCUUCUACUAAAACUGUAUUUUUUGACAAAAUAAAGUAAAUUUGAAAAUUUUCAAAUUCAAAAUAUUUUUGUACAUAUCCUACACUUUUCAUCUACAUCAAAUUUCUCUGGUGUAGCAUACCUCCUUAACGAAUAGUGUUCAAACAAACCUUUUACACUUCUUACUCCAAACAGUAUUGGCCAGUAAAACUCGUGCGUACGAACACUUCAAUAAACGUGUUCACUAAGCAUGAAAAAGUCCGUGCAUCUGAGUCGGGUACUAUCCGAUAUUGUUCCAAAACAUCACCUUUAUCGAUUGUUUAGAUUUUAUUAAUAUAAACAAUAAAUAUAGCAAAAUUAUUCUAAAUUUUAUAAUGCACAGUUUCAUUUUCCCACUAAUAUAUAUCAAUUUCUCUAAUAUCAGAUCAAAAGUAUGGUGGGAAUUUUCAAAUUGAUACCAUUUAUUGAUAUAUUUCAUUCUUUAAUGAAUACUUGUGUCUGUACUUGCCAUUGACUAGACUAGGUCUUGCAGAAUAAUUGUGAAAAAAGGGUUGCUUCAAUCAUGAACUGGAGUAACAAAUGUUGAUUACAGAAUUACAUAGUAAUGUUUUUGAACUAUAGUAAUAUUGAGAUGGCUGAUCAGGUAAUGUUGGGUAAGUUUUAGUAUCCAGUUUUGAUUAUUUAGUCAAUAAUUAAACAAAAAUUUGUGUGAAUAAUCAUUUUUGACUAUACAGAGUAGGUCUGGCAAUGUAUUUGUAUACAAAAUUGGCUGACCAGGUAUCAUUUCAUAGGCUCUAAUACUGGCUAAAUUUCAAUGUUCUAAAUUACUCAAUCAUAUGAUAAAACAAUUACUGACAUUUUCUUGGUCAAUACCUUGCUUAAGCUACCAUAGAAGCUUAAACAUCAUAUAGACCAAGAAAAUGUCAAUAAUUGCACAAUAUGGUCUGGUUCUCAUCAAUUUUCAAGGCAAAGUUUAAACCAAUUAAAAUUAGAUGAUAGAUCCGCUCACAUACUCGCUACACAAAGGCUGAUCAAUUUGUAUAGCAAAUAUGUGAGCGGAUCUAACUUCUAAUUUUAAUUAGAUUGUUUUCAAGGUUACUGGUGAAAGGUCAAUCUGACAUUUCAGGUACAAGAUUCAACUACAGUUUUCAUCCAAAGGAUUUAUUUGUGCACUAAAAUCAAUAUUUAUGCUUUUCUUUCAAUAUUGAGUGUACAUGCAUUUUGUUCAAGAUUCCUGAUUCAACUAAGUUAUUCUCAAUUUAAUAAAAUGAUGUGAGCCAGAAUUGUAAGGUCAUAAAGAGACAUUUUGCCAUUAUUUUUGGUAUUUUGCCUUAAAUUGCUAUUUUACACAGUUUUUCUAGAAAACAUGAAUCUCAUGCUUCAACAGACGUAUAUUUAUACUGUAGAUAUAUCUUUUCAUGGGAUUCAGAAUUUCAACUGGAAGGCCCCAAUUCGAUUCUUGAUCCCAUUGUCAAAUCAAAACUACGAUUUUAACAUUGGUAGUGGCUUAAUUCUAAUAAAGUGAAAGUCACGGGUCUUUGGAUAUAACCUAAAACACAGGUCCUGUGUCAAGUAAGGGUAGAAGGAAACCUCCCUAGUCAUUGCUACAGCUGUAAGCACCAUGCAUAGGUCCAAUUUUGUGGCAGUUCAUCUGAAGCUGGUAGACUUGUCUAAAUGAAAGAUUCUCAAAUAAGACGUAAACAACAAACAAACAUAUAUAAUAGCAACAUUUCGUUUGUCCAAAGCUCAGUUCUAUUCUUCUUUCAGGAAAAACAUUCACAACAUAAUUAUUUUAACCAAAUUUGAGUAGAAUUGGGAAAUUUUAUCACUUUUGAUGCAAUGUACUCCAGCUUUCUAUAGAGCUUUAAAAUUCUGAGUUUGAUGGGGCCCAGAAAGGCUGUUUCCUGCAUGGAUAGUCCUUUUGUCAGACUUUUAAUGAAUAGUAAGUUACAUUAAAACUUGUGGAAAAAAUUUUGUACAAGAUUUGGCAGACUUCCAUUAAUGACAACUUGUACAAAGUCUAUUGUUUUUAUUGAUUUUUGAUGUUGCAGUGAAAGGUCAAUGUCCAUGCAAGGGAAAUAACAAAUUUUUUUGACAAGAUUUUAAGGUUUAAUAUAGAAGGCCAAAGUCACUAAAAGGGCAAUUUUUGAAAUUUUGUUAUCUCAGUUUGGUAUUACAUAAUGCACAUGUAGAUGUUAAAAAAUGCAAUUAAAUUGCAAGGUCACUUGAAGAGAUGGUCAUAAUUUACUUGUAAACAAAUUAAUGCAUGUAUUUUAUAUUUGAUCUCAAAUGCUUUUUGAGAAUGCUUUCACUAAAAUUUUUACUUUUUUCAAAGUUAUAUAUAAAAAAUCAUGGUCACUUGAAUGCAAUUACAAAAUCUUUUGGGUUCAAUAGUUCUUGCACAAUUCCAACAUUUAUGUCUUUGAUAAUUCUUUUGCAGCUUUACUUUGGACUGAACAAAAACAUAAAGUUUAUCUAUGACAACUUUGCAGUGUAAAACAAUAUAGCAGGCAGAUCUGAAUUCAAUUAAAAUUGUCAAAUUUUAUACAUUGUACACUACAUUUUAUCACUUAUUUUUCGAAUCAUUUCUUUAUGAUAAUUUCCGUUACAAGUACUAGUAAUCUAUAUGUAUGUUAAGAUGAAGUGUUGUACAUGUUUCUCUUGACUAACGAUGUGAUCUUGUGUAUAAUAAAUACAAGUUCUAGAACAAA